AUGCCUGCAUUAAGAUUUAAAACUUGUCGUCUACUUGAAGGAAAUGUUUGGAACAGGGAACUUACAAUAAUACAACGCCGCAUUCUUCGAAGAUUGAGGAACAAGACGAGAUCUGUUAAGAGAAUGAUUUAUUCUCGAAAAAAUCUGAAUAGUUACAUCCAAUUACAAACUACACGAAAGUUGCCCCUUUUUCAUGGAGAUUUACCCAUCACAGAGAUGCAUAGAGGAACAGAACGAACUUCAUAUAUCCCUUUUCCACUCAAUCCAGAAACAAGAUCGGACGUUAUUCCGGUUCGUCUCCAUUUUAGUGAAACUCUUCCUCAAGCAAGGCAGCCGAUAAGUCAUCGAAGGCUUUGUGUGAAUAAUGUAAUAGUCAGCAUUACUUCUUUUCAAGUUUCCCAAGGUGAUUUCAUAUCUUUGAAAGAAAAUGAUGCUAUAAUCUAUUCAGAAAUAAGGAGAUCCUUCUAUAUCGAAAUUUCAGUUUCUAAAAUCAUAGGAAAAUCCCUGGAUAGCCCGGUAAGAAUGUGGAGAAGAACCAAAACGGAAUGGUUCCGCUUACUUAAAACUAAGAGGGGAUGCCGCCUACUACUGAAAGACCCGUUUUUGCAACAGUUGCGUUCUUCUAUGCAAGACGAAGACUUAGAAAGAACAAAGAAGUUUGGAUCCGAAAAAGUAUGCUUAGGCAGUUCUUUCGCUGAACACAAGAGAAUCAAGAGGAAUUUUUAUCAUUUCAAAUCGAUAUUCUUAUCGAAGAGAAGGAACGAAAAAACCCUAAAUCUUACUACUAGAAAAAGAAGUCCUAUAGUUUACAACUCUUCUUUCUAUAGUAAUUUGACCUCUUGCUCCACCCAUCAGUCUUCUAUGAAGAGAAAAAUAAAAAGCUCUUCCCUAUCUACUCAUUAUUCGGAGGUGAAUCAUAGAACACCAAAAGCUGUGCUAUCUUAUGGACCUAACAUAGGUCACAUCCCUCACGUGCGCCAAGAGCACAUUCGAUAG